CUCAACCAUUGCUUUUAUAAACACGCCAUAUUUGGUCUAAUAAUACUGUUUGCAUACUGUGUUCAUUUCGUUUUUCCCAGAUUAAAGACAGUGCGUAUAUCAAAUUUUCACAUAUACAUUUGCAUUUGCACCAGAUCCAAAUCUAGAUACGGUCUUCCAUCCAUUCAUCCAUAUAUCACUUGCCCUCCCUCCUUCCUCCCCCGAGCCAAUGUCAGCCUUUCAUCCGUCGGCAGAGAGCCUUGCAAGAGUCGCUGUAGAGGCAGGUCUUGUACAUCAAGAGUCCGGACGAAUGACCGUCCAAUUGUCGGUAAAACCAAAAAAAAAGAGGCUGAACCACAACGAGCUGGAGCGUAAGAGAAGACACCACCAACGAGAAAUUCUUUAUGAGCUGCGCGACGUAAUCCCUAAUCUGCAUAUGGUAAAACCAUCGACUGUACUGAUAAUGCAAAAGUCGAAAGAUUACAUUGACCUGCUUCGUCGAACCAUCCAAGAGAUGGAAAUUGAGAUCAACGAUUUGCGCCGUGCACUGGUUGCCGCCGGGUAUCCUCUGCCAAUGGCUCCUCACCAACAAGUUAUGUGUGGGUUCCCCGGAGGCCAGGCUGUUUUCAACAGCUCCUGUCAGUCGCCGCGCUUGCUGCCGGAGCAGAUGUUAAACAUGUCUCCCCAGAGCCACAUGCAAAUCGACCACCAAAACCAGCUGGCGUUCCAAAACUUAGGUGACAUUGCUUUGGCCCGCGCGCAAUUUGAUACGCAUGAUAUUGACAGUAUAAACCACCUGCACUCUGUGUUGAGUAAGGCCACUUCAGAACUCAACUCGGCAACUGGCCGGCCGAUUUCUCCUGUAUCACCGUAUCAGCUUGACCAAAUGCAGGGAUGCUCGUCAGGGGAAUUCAAGAGCCAGUCGCAUAUUAUUCUAAGUGCAGCCUCUGUUGCCGCGGCCUCUGGACAGUCUGUAUUGUAAACGCAUGAAUUGAUAUUAGCAGUUUUGGAAAUGUCGCAUUUACAGUG